AUGCAGACGAGCAAUACCUCUUAUUCGGGAGGAUUGUUCCAGUAUUUCCCGUUCAAUGGUACUGAUUGGAUUCCAAUUCUGUUGCACGAUGGUUUCUCCGAUACUCGAAUACAGUUCAUGCUCUUUCUGUGUGCAUUUUUUGCCCUCGUUCAAUUGGUCUUAUACAUCCAUUACUUGUUCCUCGUGGCCAGAAAAAAAUUUCCCCGACGCUGGUUCGCAGCCCGCAAAAGGAAAAAACAGUUAGCGAUCGAACGAUUUUGUGCUUCAAAUACUGGAUCGGUAUCUGAUCUUGAACCUUGUGAAUCGUGCAGGUCGCUGAAUAGGAGGAAAGACUCCUGUGAAUGGGAUUUCGACGUCGCCUUAGAUCGCCUAUUACGUCAAAACCACGUCAAGUGCAACCCUGACGAGGCCAACGCAAUUAUGGAAGCGGUGGUAGAGACAAAAACUGGAACGAUCCCGCAAAUUGUUCGUAAACCAUUUUCAGAGAGAUCCAGACGAUCGUUGAUGCAUCGUAAUGUUUCCAGUCAUGUCAACAGUAAAAGUCAUCGUCAACGUGUGGUUAUUCUCUCCGUUGUAGCUGCAUUCUUUGCCAUUUGCAUGACCGCUCAUGUCACCAGCCUGAUUGUAGCUAUUCGGACGGAUCACGUGAUCACUGAAGCUCUGAAUGCUCUGCCCGAGCGAGGACAUGUGAUCACAAUACAGGCGGAGAGAUUUUUGGAAAACUGUUUGGAUUCCACCUACGACAUGAUUCGCGUACACAUUCGGAACGACGCUGCACGAAUCGAUAACCAAAGCCAUUUGCACUACCUGGUUGAUCGUGCAAAACAACUAGGCUCAGAAGCCGUGGCGUGCUUGAUAGACCCGUGUAUGAGCAAUCAGAAUGUCUCAAAUGAGGCGAUUAUAUUGUUUCCUCAGGUAUCAACUAACACUUCAAAUGAAAUACUGGCUGAUUCGCUCCUCGCUACUUUCAACAUUGUGUUAUCUCGAUUAACCGCUCUGUCAGAAGCAUCUGUGGCACUAAACAGCCAGACCAUUCAAAUCACGGAACGUGCAUGGUAUGAGUAUCGUCAAGGUUUGAGUCGAAUUGUUCCCUUUCGAUCCACAUGGAGUGAACAGAUUUCAGCAAAUGAUUCGUGGAGCUCAUCUGUUUUGGUGUCACGAAUCUACCAUACAAUAUGUUCGCAUUUGUCCCAUACACUCAUCUUUACAUCAUGUGAACAAGUGAGCACGUAUCUUCACUCAUUUGUCAAUUACGUCAACGCGCUACCCACAAUGCUUCCCUCGAAAAGUUUAGAAUCUGUUAUUCAGUUUGCAUCUAUGCCACGAGUCUUUCAUGCAGAAAAAUUGGUAAAAGACUGGUUGCCAGUUGUCACCGAUUUACCUGGUCAAGGUGUCUUAUUCCUUCUGCAAACUUAUCUUGUCCCGGAAAUAAAUCGAUUGAAGACCAAGUUGAGCGAGAUCACAGCCACUACACCACCCUAUGAAGUGGUUGAACAAUUUAAUCGCUACACGCGUGUUUACGCCAGUAUGAUGAUCAUUACUUUUACAAUACUCGUGGCCUCUGGUCUUCUAUUGCUCUCUGUCACAUGUUACUUCAUUUUCCGUGCCUGUGUCCAGUAUCACGACUGGCAGGAUGAGUGCUAUCAGUCCCCCACCUCGCACAGUUCAUCAUUUAGCACGAUGAGAACAACCAAGACAGCAAGUUCAUCUUGCGAACGUAGUUGUCGCUUCUUGCGUUGGUUCACCUGGAUUCUAGUCAUGCUAAUCUGCCUCGUAUUGGUCAUCGUAGGUACAAGUAUUGUCUACGUCUCUGCCUUAAUUCAGAAUGAGACAUGCCUAUAUAUGUUUCCUGGUCCGGCCCAGAAUGUGGCAGAUAUCAAAUUGACUACUGGCCUGUCUAAGUUGCUGCAAAAUCUAGACAAAUUGAAAUCCCUCCUGGAGACACCGUAUCUCAAUCUAGAGAUACCGUAUCCCAUAUUGAAAACGUUUGGUUCCGAUUACCGCCCAGGACAAAUGCCGCUUCUGCCAAGUUUGCACUUAAAUCCGCCAGUCAAUUUCUCUGCGUUAUUGCACUCAACCUGGUUCAACCAAACACUAAACUAUCUUUGGCACAAAGACGUUCGCGAGAAGCUAGAACAAGUAGAUGUGGCAUCAAGGCUACCGAAAAUUCAACUGGAGCAGAUUUUCAAUCAGGUGGUGAAAUCCAUGCAACUAGAAAAGUCCUUCGAUCAUUUGAAUGUGGCCUCUUUGAACAGUUAUUUGAAUGAUCCGGGUCCAGCUUAUGUCGUCGAGCUACGUAAAGUUCUCCUACAAAUUGACACAAACGAGUCCAGAACACUGGCGAACGAAUUCGUGGAUGUGGAGAAAUACUAUAAAACCUACUCUCAGAGUUAUCGUAUUGCAAGAGAAAAUUUGGUGAGAAUUGAUCAAAACAAGGAGUUAAUUGCCCCUGUUCGCAUGCUCGUGUCCAAUGCAUCGAUCGCGCUGAACAGACUGAAUCAGCUGACCACGAGUCAGUUGAUUGCUUUAAUUGAUCAGGUGAUCACACGGGGCUGGCCGAAAUAUUUGCCAUCUAUAGAGAAACAACUAGUUCCGUUUCUUUUACGCCUUUUAGACGACCUGAUUCCGUUUCCCGGUCUGACUCCGAUCUAUCAAGAAACAAUUGGCAUUCUUUGUCCCUUACUUGAUAAUCAAAGUCAUCCCGAAUGGACACUUAACUUUCCUCGGUCUUCCAAUGUAUCGUUCAAUCCCGAAUUAGACAAGCUGGGUACAAGUUUGUUUAUCAGCGCUAUGGCCCUAAUGUUGGCCAGCUUGUGUUCGCUUUUCGUAGCCUGA